GGCUCCGGUGCGCCGGUUGUGCGAGGGAGCGGAGCCUCCUGGAGCAGCCGGCGGGAGAGGACCCAAGCCUGGAGAUUUAUAGCUGUUUGUUCACAUGUGUCCAGGGGGAGAUGAAGUACAUUGGAUCCUGCAUAGUUUGGCUUUGUAUGGCAGUCUUCCUCCUUCCUGUUUCUACUUCUGUGGCUGUCAGUGACCAGACAGGUGCUGUGUGUCCUUUAAUGAAAACAGUUGCCCGUCAUCUCAAACAAAUCAACAGAGACAGUCGUGGUGUAUCAGGGUUUGAUCUGGCAGAAAGCUUUUCUUUAAGGCAAACAUCUUGUGGUGGGGAAAAGAUCUGCUUUAAACUGGGAAGUGCACCUCUCAUUAGAGAUACAAGGCAAGUGUUUCCAAAUGGGCUUCCUGAAGAAUAUUCUCUGGUUGCUACGUUCCGUGUACGGCGAAAUACCAAGAAAGAGCGUUGGUAUAUAUGGCAAGUUUUAAAUCAGUAUGACACACCUGAGAUCUCUGUCCUCCUGGAUGGUAAAAAAAAGGUGGUGGAGUAUAUGACCAAAUCCUCUCAGGGAAAUAUACUGCACUACACUUUCAAGAGUCGAGAAAUUUAUCCAUUGUUUGAUCGGCAGUGGCAUAAGCUUGGUAUUAGCGUGCAGUCAGGGAUCAUUUCCCUCUAUUUGGAUUGUAAUUUAAUUGAGAGAAAGCAGACUGAUGAAAAAUUCACCAUUGACUUGCAGGGAAGGACACUGAUUGCUUCUCGUGCUGCGGAUGAUAAGCCUGUAGAUAUUGAACUUCACCACAUAGCAGUUUAUUGUAAUUCACAACUUGCAACAGAAGAUACAUGUUGUGAAAUAUCUGCAGACUUGUGCCCACAUGAGGAGAGGUUACUAGCUACAACUUCAUCACCAGUGACUGUUCAUGCCAGCAAAAUAUACACGCUUCCAGGGAUGCAGCAAGAAUCUACACAGAGAUGCUACUGCUUUCCAAAUAAAGGAGAAGCAGGAUUACCAGGAGUAGCUGGUUUGCCAGGCCACAAAGGAGAGAAAGGUGAAAAGGGUGAGAUGGGUGUGAAAGGACCCGACGGUGUUGCAGGUCUGCCUGGUGAAAAGGCAAUAGCUGACUUGUGGAACAGCAGCAUUGCUGAAAAUGAUGGGGAUGUAGACAUGAGACUUAGUUAUGAGCUAACAGCAUUCCCCUACUGGAAUAAAAUAAACUACAUUUUGGACGAUAUAAUUAGAAUUGUACCUAGCAGAUCAGGGGGGGAUAUUUUCACUUCUUUGCUUGGUGGUGCUGCUAUAAGUUUUGACCUCAGGCCUCCCAGUUUACUUAAGCAUGUUAGCAGAGAGUGUGAUGAGCCACUGGCCACAGAAGAGAGUGUUAAGGAGCACUUAAGCUACUUGUAUGCUUGCACAAUACCAAACAUUAAGCAUCCAGCGGUGCUGGGACAGCUGGCUGAUGCCAAAGGCAUCUUGGGCUGCCUUAGCAGGUGCAUGUCCAGCAGACCAGGAAGAGUGAUUGGUGAGUGCUCUUGUGACCACGUGUGGAGUUCUGCAUCCACUUUGGAGCUCCCUGGAGAGGGUAAAGAGCUGCUCCUUGGGGGUGAACGUGGCUUUCCAGGUAAUAAAGGUGAAGAAGGUGAAAAGGGUGAAAAAGGAGAUAAAGGAGAACCAGGACCAGAAGGCCUUCCUGGAACAGAGGGACUAAAAGGUGACCCUGGUAGUCCUGGUGUGGAUGGUCCAAAAGGAGAAAAGGGAGAUGCAGGACCUCCAGGACCAGCCACCUUGAGUGGUUUGCUGGAAGGUCCCCAAGGUCCACCUGGCAAAGAAGGUCAAAGGGGGAGACGAGGCAAACCAGGCCUUCCAGGAAAACCAGGGCCACCAGGACCUCCUGGUCCAUCUGGACUAAAAGGAAUCCUGGAUUCAUUGAACAAACAUUAUAAUGAGAGUGAUACAAGACUACUAGGACUACUUGGGACCCCUGGACUUAAAGGCCAGAAAGGAGACGUUGGUCAGAAAGGAGAAUUGGGAAUGACUGGUGCAAAGGGAGAAAAGGGAGAGCCUUCUGAAAAAGGGGACAAAGGAGACCCAGGAGAGACUGGAAUGGAGGGAUCAAAAGGAAAUAAGGGUGAAAUGGGAGAUCCUGGACCACCUGGUCUUACUGGAAAUCCAGGAUCAAGGGGACUGCAAGGCCCUCCAGGACCUGUUGGACCCAGGGGACUGCCAGGAGAAGUUGGCUUACCAGGAGAUCCUGGGGUACCAGGAAACCCAGGAAUUAAAGGAGACAAGGGUGACCCUGGUGGAAUUAUGGGACCACCUGGACAUCCAGGUCCAAAAGGCGAUAUGGGGCCUCCCGGACCAAGUCUGCCUGGAACACCAGGUCCAACUGGUGUUCCUGGAAACCCAGGUCCAAGGGGGCCAAAGGGAGAAAGAGGACUACCUGGUGUACAGGGAGCACCUGGGGAGAUGGGGCCCCCUGGAAUAGGCAUUCAGGGAUCACCAGGUCCUAUAGGUCCAACUGGAUCAGCAGGUGUGCAGGGCCCUAGGGGACCUCCAGGAUUACCAGGAGCUCCAGGUACCCCUGGCAUUAAUGGCACUCCAGGAAGAGAUGGAAAGCCAGGACUACCAGGCCCUCCAGGUGAUCCUGUUGCACUUCCACUUGUGGGAGAUAUGGGUGCUAUACUGAAGGGUGAUCCUGGCACAAGAGGUCCUCCAGGCAUUCCUGGCAGAGAAGGACCAAAAGGAAGCAAAGGUGAACGUGGAUUUCCUGGGCUUGUGGGGGAAAAGGGCGAUGAGGGUCUUCAAGGUGCUCCUGGACUGCCAGGUAUAUCAGGACCCAGUGGCCCAUCCGGAGUCCCAGGAAGACCUGGACAUCCCGGUCCAGCUGGAGCAAAAGGAGAAAAGGGUAGUGAAGGUUCUCCUGGGAAACCUGGACCACCUGGGCCUCCGGGUAUGCCUUACAAUGAAAGAAAUGGAAUGAGCAGCUUAUAUAAACUGCAGGGAGGAGUGAGUGUCGCGAGUUAUCCAGGUCCACCAGGACCUCCGGGUCCAAAAGGGGAUCCUGGAACAGUGGGAGACCCAGGACCAAUGGGAUUACCAGGACUGGAAGGACUCCCAGGGGAAAAGGGUGACCAUGGACCAGCUGGUGCACCGGGAGUGUCAGGGACACCGGGAAAGCCGGGAUCUCCUGGCUCCCCAGGGUUGCCAGGAGAACCUGGUGAAAGAGGACCUAUAGGAGACAUAGGCUUCCCUGGUCCAGAAGGGCCACAAGGAAAACCAGGAAUCAAUGGAAAAGAUGGAUUGCCAGGUCCUCCGGGUGCUGUGGGGAGACCAGGAGACAGAGGACCCAAAGGAGAACGUGGAGAUCAGGGUAUUCCAGGGGACAGAGGUCCACAGGGUGAACGAGGGAAACCUGGCCCAUCAGGAGAAAAGGGGGAUGUGGGUCCUGUUGGCCCCCCAGGAGACAGAGGCUAUCCAGGAUCACCAGGUCAUCAAGGUCCCCCAGGUUCACCAGGACCCCCAGGGUUUCCAGCUGAUGCAAUUUCACUUGAAGAAAUAAAAAAAUAUAUCAAACAAGAGGUUCUUAAGGUGUUUGAAGAAAGGAUGGCUCAAUUUGUAUCCCAGCUGAAGCUGCCUGCUGCAAUGCUUGCCUCCCAAGCUCAUGGAAAACCAGGGCCCCCAGGAAAAGAUGGGUCACCAGGACCACCAGGAAAGGAUGGUUUGCCAGGGCCACCAGGAGAGCGUGGAAUUCAAGGUUAUAGAGGACAGAAAGGGGAAAGAGGCGAGCCUGGAAUUGGACUGCCUGGUAACCCUGGACCACCUGGCCCUGCAGCUGCUGGCCUGCCAGGCCCACCAGGAGCAUCAGGCUCGCCGGGACCGCAGGGGCCGCCUGGAGCCAACGGGAGGUGCAAUCCGGCAGAUUGCUACUACCACGUGUCACAGACUCGCUCACGCACCAGCAGGAAAUAAAAAGCCUCUCCCCCAGACACUUGGCUUCACAGUCACCUUUCACUCUUUCCAAUAAGUUAAUUUAAUUUUUGAAAUAUUUGGUGCAUUUUUUUUUUCUUCUCUCGACACUGCAUGGUAUAUAGAUAAUUUGUAAGGCACAAAAUUGAGCCUUUUUCUAUGUUAUUUGCAGUGUCUUAAUGAUGACAUGAUGUCAUAUAUUUUCCAGAGUGCAUUCCAUGUGUUGUUUCUCAUAUUUAUUUUGCUUAGAACAGAAAAUAGGCCCAAAUAAUUUUCAUAAACUUCUUUCUUCAAACAAAAAAUAUUUUAUUAUAACUUAAGACAUUAUAUAUGCCUCCAUAUGUAAGCUGGCUUUAUUUUUCUUGCUGG